AAACAAACAAAAAAAAAAUCCAACUCUGUACAGCUUUUGGUUAUAACUGCUUUAGCAUUAAAAGUUUAUUGUUUUGGAAAGAGCCGGUUUUGACCUCCUCCGGGGCACGGGGCAGCGGGUCCCGUCGCGGGCCCGGAUGGCGCUGCCACCGGGGCCGGGCCGUUGUUUCCGAGCCGGCGAUGCCGGGGGAAGCCCCCUGUUCGCCGCCGCUCUCUCUGCUGUGCCUUUGUCCCCGCCCUCCGCCGCCCGGCGCUUCGCUCCCCCGCCAGCUUCCCGAGCGGCCCGAGGUCGGGCCACGGCGCCGGCGAGCUGGAGCAGCCACGGGGGCAGCGGGCCGCCUCGACGGGGAGGUCCCCACGGAUGCGGAAAAGCCUUCCCGUCUUCAGGAAAGAGGGAUCGAGAUCAAACGUCUCCCCCGAGAAACUCCUCGGCGUUGCACAGGAGCCCCAGGCAACUAGAGCGACGGUGGAAAGCGCCCCUCCCGGCACAUCGCGGGGCUCCCGUUGGCGGGAGGGCGCCGGCUGGCCGGCGGGCUGGCCGCGGCGGCGGCGGGAGCGCCGACGGCCCGGUGCCCCGGCGGGGCGCGGCCAGCCCGGCCGCUCGGCUCCGCAUCCUCCUCCGGCAGUAGGGGCUUGCCGCGGGCUGAGCCCAGCCCCGGGGGCAGGCAGGGACCGCACUACGGCCGCCGCACCUUUGCUGACCGGGGGAGACCCCAGAGCGGCCCGUCUUGAACUUGACUGGGGGCAGAGUGGAAGGACGAGGGGUGGCCCAUCCCCUCCUCUUGCGGCAGGGGCCGCUCGGGCGAGCAACCCGCGGAACCUUGCAUGCUUUGAAAUUUACAUUUGAACAAAUUUACC